CUGACUUCUUCCGAGCGGCGAGCAGCAGUGUGAGCAGCAUGACCGAGUCGUUCCAAGAGUACUAUGAGACGUUCAAGGAGCUGCGGACCGAGGCGAUGGCCAUCAUCAAGGAGAUGCCGAGCGCCAACGCAUCCCGGCGCGACCAGCUCGAGCGCGACGCCCGCCACCGCAUCGAAGAGGUCGAGCGCUACUUGCGCAUCCUCGACCAAGAGGCCAAGGGCGGCGACGCCCAAAUGAAGCGCAAGAUGCAGGCGCAGAUCCGCAGCUGCAACUCGGACCUCGAGAAGCUCAACAACAACCUCGUGAAAGCGCUUUUGCUCGGGAAUGCAGCCGAACGACAGCCGGCGCCCGCGGCAGGCGGUAGCAACCCGCACGUCCAUCAAGAGCGUCUGGACCGCACGGGCGGCUAUUUAAACGAGGCCAAGAACAUCAUUGGCGAGACGCAAGCUGUCGGUAUCAACAUCGACAACAACCUCAUGAUGCAGCGCGAGCAGCUCGAACGGGCGCAAGAGAACGUCAAGGACACCCGCGCCGACGCCCAAGAGGCCGGCGUCCACCUCGCAAGCCUUCGCCGGAAGAACAUGGUGAGCAUCGCACUCAUGUGGGUCGUCAUCUUUGGCCUCUCGGUGGCCAUUCUUGUCCGCGUCCUCAAGAUGGUCCACGCCAUCUAAGCUUGCAUGUAUACACACUUUCUAUUACUCCACUGUACUCUCAGCACAACGAAUACAGACAAUCUUGCCAACAACUCUACAACCGUGGCGUGCUAGCACCGUGGCGCGAAGUGACUGCUGCAUUCGUGGAGUCUGAGACUGCGAAUUCUGGUACACGUUUGGUUCUCCUGACGGAGCGAAGUAGGUGGCCCAAACAGAACCUGGCUUGACCAAACGACUGGUCGACUCUGGCGCAGAGGCGGCCAUGAGGUUGACCAGUCCCAUGCAGCGCUCGGCCACCACCAAGAUGGUUUAAGAACCAAAGGAUGCUAUAUACUACAGUCUUAGGCGGACGUAGCUUCUGUGUCUGUGCUCUCGAGGACCUCUGUUGGCGGGUGGACCCGAAUGUCAUCGACAGUGAACGGAAUCUCAAACGCACUGCCGCCGCCAAGCGCGAUCGUGAGGUUGCCAUGAUGCAACGAAAAGGCCAGCUGGUCGCUGAGGAUCGGGAAUGAGACGUUGUUGACGGCCUGGGCCGGCCACGCGACCGCCGUCUCGUCAAUAGCGGUUGCCAGAUCCUUUGGCGGGAGCUUCGUCGACGUGUUCUGGUACAAAAUGUCAAACUGCAAGUGGAGCAGAUCCAGUUCGAUCGGGAGCGGGUUGUGGAUCUGGAGGUCGACGUCCAGUCGGAGCUCGCACGUGUGCGUCUCCGAGUCGAGCUUCUUGAGCGUCGGGUUGAGCUCAUACUUGCGCAAAAAGGCUGGCUGACCGUCAAUCGUGCCAGGAAUCUCGAUUGGGAACGACAUGCGGUUGAAGAGCUGCUGCGCGAGGCAGUGCGACUGCGGGUGGCCGCCGACAAUGGCCAGCGAGACGUUGGACCCGCCGAGGUACGACUGCAGCACGUCUUCGAGCGGCGCCGUGUCGGCGUGCGCCAAAUAUGUGUACGUGGCAAUGUGCGUCGUACCGCCACCAAGUGUAAAGCCAUAAAACCCAACCCGGAG